AAAGAUUUUAGUGUUAUUUUUUGAAAUCGAAGAUCAAUUUUACUCCCUCGUAAUUUUCUGAGGAUGAUAUAUAUUAUAAUAUAAUAAUAAAUGGUAAUUUUCUUUUUAUCAAAAAAUAAAAAAAUAAAUGGUAAUUUGCCCUAAAAAAUUUGGAAAACCCACUAAAUUAUUUUACUUUGGGAGAAUUUAUUUAUUUAUCAAAAAAUAAAAAACGAAAAGAGAGAAAGCACAUCGAAACAAAGCCCUGACCUUAAACCCCCUAACUACCCGAACUCGCAUAUCAUCACUUCCGGCGGCCGUCACUGCUCCGACGCAUGCACCCAAUCGGACCUUAGCAGUUAUCACAAACUCUCUCAGCGGUUUCAACUCCGUUCAUUUCAGCAUCGCGUUGAAUUAUAAAACAAUUCAAUGGCUGAAGAAAUGCAAGUGGUUGAACCUGGAAGAGGUCUGGGGAAGAGGAAGAUUGGUAAGAAUCAAAGCCGUAAAAAGUCAAGUAAGAAACAAAAAGUUAUGCAGCCACCUCAUGGACAGAAGAAAGUUAAAAUCAACCAAAAAAUGAAGAAACUUUACAACAAGAGAGCACGAGAAUAUAAUUCUGACGAUGAUGAAGAUGAGACAACUGCCCCUGCUACUACGAAGACUAGAGGGGUGGCAUCUAUGAAGACUAGAGGUGUAGCAUCUAUCACCAAAAAAAAGCAUGAGGAGGAAGACAUAGAAAGUGAAGAGCUGUCUGAAGAUGAAGGAGAAGCAGGAGGACAAAGAACGCAGAAGAAAAAUGUUACCAAUAAGAAAGUUAAUUUCUCUGAGGAUGAAGGAGAAGACGAUGAUGAUGAAAUUCAGCCAGGAAUUACUAAAUUCUCCGAAGGCUGUAAAGCAUUCAAGAUGGCCUUCAAGAAUAUUAUAAAGAAGAGUGUUUCUGAUGACUUGUUGGGUCCAGUAUUAUCAGCACACAAGAAUCUUGUUAUAGAAAAGCUUGCGGAAGAGGAGGCAGAGCGCAAGGUUAAGGGAGAGGCAAAAAAGGAAAAGCUGCUGAUAGCUGAAAAGGGACAUGUCAAGCCUGCUAAUUAUUUGGACUCACAUGAAAAGUUUCUGAUUAGUGUAGCGACAAAAGGAGUGGUCAAGUUGUUCAAUGCUGUCAACAAGGCACAAGUUGCUCAGAAAGGGCUGGACCCCUCAAAGAAUAGGGAUGCAAAAGAGUUAAAAAAGCGCACUAAAGAAGCCUUCUAUUCAGAAUUAGGGAAGCCAGCAGUUGGCACCUCUGCAAAGGCCAAUGCAAGCACAAGCAAGGGGGAAGAUGAACAACCUUCUUGGGCUCCAUUACGAGAUAAUUAUAUGCUGACAAAUUCAAGAAUAAAGGAUUGGGACAAAAACAUGCCAGAUAAAAAUGAAUCAGAUGACAUGGAAAACAUUUCUGAAAAUAGCAGUUCCGAUGAAGAUUAAGGUUUUGAAACUUGAGAAAGCAGCAUUGAGGUGUUCCUAGCGGUACAUUCGGUUAGAUUUUGAAUAUUGUAUUCAUUGGUUUGUGUUCAUUUUGUUAGUAAAGAAUGGACUAGGACAAUCUUGCCAGCUGAUUGGCUAUAAUUUGGUAUACGUCACCAAUUUUGAAUGUGUUCACUGAACCGAAUUUACUGAACAUGAUGAACAGUUUCAUUAUCUUUAUUUUCCAAUUGUAUUAGGAAUAGGAUUAUCUGUAAUUGAUGGUUUUAUUACCAAAGGAAAUUAUCAUCUAAUCGAAAACUAGGAACGUUUAAUUUUCAA